AUCACUUUUCGGUUCUUGCGGAGGUAGUAGUGAAAAUAGCGUAAUUUUUGUGCUAAUUUGUAAAAACAAAUACAUAGAAACCUUGCAAUGUUGCGAAAACUUUGUCCAAUCUUUGAGAAAUAGAAAUACCGGUUUAAACGGCAAAUGUUCUGAAGUUUCUGCAUUUUACGCCGAAAAUAUGCAAACUACAAAAGGUUGUGAAAAGAUUUCCUAAAAAACCAGCAACAACAAAAAGCUUAACGAAAAAGAUGUGUAGUGCAUUGGGCAGCAGUGUAUAGUGAAAUAUUUGGCAGAAUUGCAUUAAGUGCUUAAAUGAACAGAAACGAUAUGUUGAAGUGAAAUAAAAAUUGCUGCAAAUUGUGAAAUUGCUUGCGGAAAAAUGUGUCCAAAUAUCUAUUAGGCCACCAACUUCAAGGCUUAUUUUGCGCAAAUAUUGUAUCUAAUUAGAACAGUGAAAGAAAUAUCAAAAGUUUAACGAUAGACAAUGGCAAAACAAUGACGCUGACAGCGCAGUAGCGUCGAGUAGGAAAAGACGUGAAGGCGGAACUGUGGCAGCGCGGUGAAGCAGCUGAUUUUCGUUGUUGUUCCGGUGGUGGCAGCUGCGCCAACUGCGACAGCACUUACAAUUUACAAAAACAAAAAAAGUGCACGCUAAAAGUUAAAUUGCAUCUAGUCAAAGACGGGAGUAGAGUAUAAGUGUUAAACGGAAACGUGUACGAAGGUAUCGCAAGGGAAGGGAGUGAAUGCAAGAAAUGAAUUACAUAUGUGCAUUUGUAUAUAAGGAUGUGUAAAUAUAUAUAUUUAAAGUUAGCGUCAAACACUCAAUAAUGACUUUACAAGCGUUUUCCACUUCGCACGCCAAUUUGUCACCUUCGCUUUGCGUGCAUUAUAUGCUCCAAACUUCGCGUAUUACGCCAGAAAAGAGGAUUACGACAAUGCUAUCAUUUGCACCAAUGCCUUAUGCCUCUCGCCUGCAACGCCGGGGUUCGCGUGCUGCCGAAAAGUAAGACAUUAAGGGAGGCGACGCAGUGGCGCGAGGCUCGGGAACAUCCGCAUAGCUCAGCUGAAAUCGCUGCGAAUUCCUCCAUUUCACGUACUUAAGCUUGUUUAUUGUGCAAUAUUAAUGAGCUGUUUGUGAAUUACUAUUAGUGGUGUUUUAUGCUCGAAACCAAACAUAAUUAUUUAGUGAAAAUUAUUCGCAAGCAAGAAAGCAACUAUCGUCUUCAAGCGGCCAUAAUAUUGAAUUUAAAUAAAUGAACUGUGAUUAUGAGUUCCACAAAAUCGCAAGUAGCAGUCGCUACAAAUAUUCCAAGUCUAUCAUCAUCACAAACUCAAAAAGAGUACAGCACUGAAGAGUCUCUGGGUCGACAAAAUAGUUUUGGCAAUAACCGCAGAGGUAACAUGAAGGGUAAGCAUUUGACGCGCAGCCACGCCAUGCGUGAGGCCACAUCGCCGCCGCGCACUCCGACACCUCGUGCCGAGCACGGACAGGUGUCACCGAAUGGUCAAUCCGCUACCAAUUACCAGCAGCAGCAUCAUCAUCAGGCGCAGCAGCAACAGCAUUUGGAUGGCAAUGAGAAUGCACACAAUAAUAAUAGCAACAGCAACAAAUUGCAUGCACAAUCCAAUGUGGCGCGUGGCAAUUCACCGAUCAUCGAAGCGCCUGCCGUCAUAGUGACCAGCCAGCAUAGUCAGCAGCAACAGCAGCAACAACAACAACAACAACCGAACGUUGCGCUCUGCAAUGAAGCUGAGUUCCCCAAACUGACACCGCCAAAAUCGACUAAAGGUGGUGGCGGCGGUGGAGGCGCUGGCCAAAGAAACAGCAAUAAUAACAACAGCAACAACAAUAGCAAUAAUACCAACGGUGUAACCGAUGGCAAUAACAAACUGGAAUAUAACAACAAUAAUGGCAGAAAAACUGCAAACAGCAACGGCAGCGGCGCGACCAACUAUGAUUCAACCAAGGGUGCAGCCGCAAACAAUAGUAGCAACAGCAACAACAAACAUCAGCAAUACAAUGCAAGCAACGCACUGCAUCAGGCGCUGAGCGUUGGCGAGAGCGCGGCGCGUGGUGGUGGUGGUGGUGGUGGCGGCGGUGCCGGCACAACGCUGCACAAUUCCGGCAUGAACUAUCAGCUGAACGCCAACGACAGCCCACAGCAGUCGCAUCACCAGAUCGCCUACGACAAGGAAAAUCGCUGCCCACGCAACGAUAGCCAGAAUAGCAGCUUGUCGAAUAUGCACGAUGACGAUCCACAACAACAGCAACAGCAGCAGCAGCAGCAACAUUAUGAGCGACAGGGUGGUGGUGGCAGCGGCGGAGGAGGUGGUGGCGGCGGUAAGAAGCACCGCACCAAUUCCAAUUCGAAAGGCAAUAAGCCGCGUUUGAAGAAUAUUGGUGGCUCCUCGUCGGGCAGCGUUGACGGUGGCAACUCGAUUAGCAACAAUACAUCGGGAUUCAUAUCAAGAGUUUUCAACAACUCAGAGAACUCGAGCGAGCAAUUCACAGAUCAUGGUGGCACCGAUUUGUUCAGUUUCUUCAAAGAGACGCUCAAUAAACAUCCAAAGGAUCGGCAUUUCCUGCUGAAAGUGGAAAAGGACCUAACCGAUUUCGUGUUGGAGAAAAGUCGCGGUGAGUUGCGCUUCCCACCGGCUUCGUCAUACAAUCGCAUGUUGAUACAUCGCACAGCGGCCUUCUUCGGCAUGGAACACAAUGUCGACACCGAAACGCAACAGUGCGUUAUUGUGGCAGCUACGAAGAACACGCGCAUACCAGAGAUACGCUUCAAGUCGCUGGUGCGCGAUCAUCGCGACGACACACGCAAGUCAAUACUGAAGCGCGACACGCACAGUUUCGAUGAGGCGCGUCAAAGCAGCUAUUUGUGUCCGGAUCGCGGCAGCAUGCUCGACCGCAAAGCCAAGAGCUUUGAAGAACGCGAGGAGGACUAUGAGCGCGCACGCAGUCGCAUUUUCAAUCGCAGUCAAAAUGACAACGGCGACGGCAUGGACGAUGGCUACAUGAAUGUCAGCUGGACACAGUCGGUGGAACAACAACAACAGCAGCAGCAGCAACAUCGUCCACGGCCCAACGGCAAGAUGAUGAAGAUGCAAAACUCAAACGAGUCACGUGAUGGUCGUUCCGGUGGCGGCGCAGUUCCCAAAUCACACAACUACAAUAAUUACGGUGGURGCUCRUCACAAGGUGGUGGCCCACACAUGAUGCGCGGUGACUCGGCGAACUCGGGCAAAAAUGGCGGCGGUGGCGCGCGUUGCUUCUCGAAGCAGGAUUCGUCUGGCAGCACAAACACGCCAUGGCGUUUGUCACCAUCCAGCAGCGGUUAUAAAACUCAAACACAAUCGUUGUAUUCCGAUUCGGUAACACCUUCACCAAAUGGUUAUUGUAGUGAGGACCAUGCCGCGACGGAGCCGUACAUAUUGACAACGGACAGAAUGACCGUGUGUCAUCUGCAGUCACCAGUUCACCAUAUGUCGCCACACCUGCAUCUGCAACCGACGCUAUUGUGCGGUGCUGGCGUUAUGCCGGCGCAUUGCGCAGACGAUGGGUUGACGCCAACGCCGACGCCAUCCAUGGAGGGCGGCGUGCCGCUGCCCAGGCGCGGUCUGGUGUGGGCCGUCACCGACAUUUCAAGUGUGCCCAAGGGCAGCGUGCUAAUCAAUCCGCAAACAUUGCAACCUUUUGUUAACCAAGACGGUUCAAUUUAUCACUUUGACCCGUCCAAUCUGCCACCCAACCAACAGGCCACAUACCAUCCAAAUCAGGGCAACAACACCGCCAAUUAUGCACAACAACAAUCGCCACAACAGUUGUCACAACAACAACAACAACAAGUGCAGGAUAGCACCACAAAGAAGAAUAAAAGCACACAACAAAUGUCCACGCCUUCGCCAGCAGAAUCACCAGCAGCUACGCCAACGCCCCAAACGCAGACGCAUUGCAAGAGCGUCGGCUGCAAUGAAAGCGCCGCCACCGUACCGCAGGCCGAGUCUGUGGCUGAAUCCUCCACACAAACGGUAUCCAUGUGCGGCGACGUUAACUGUGACGGCAUUGGCUUGGAUAUGGCGAUCAACGCCACUGAAGAAGCAUCCACGCAAUCGGGUGCUGAUGAAUGCGACAACACCUCGGCCACGGGUUGUUUGAGCAUCACCACCACAACCUCCACCAAAAGUUAUGACCGAAUCGAGGUGCAAAAGUUCAAAAACCAAGCCACCAGUCCGAAUAUACCAGCGGAAAAGGACGAGCUGCCGAAGCGUGAGAAUGCAACAACUUUGGAUGCGCCAUGUGUGCGUGAACUGCAGCCGACAACGGUAACACAGCCACCAGCACAACCACCACCACCACCCAGUCAAACGCCAACGAGUAGCGUCAAUGUGCAGGUACAACGCGAGACGCCACAUUCAGCGCGCUCAACACCCUUCAGUAUCAGCGAGUCGACACAAGCGAAAACUCGCGCUUCCGAAGAACCCAAGCCCACAACGUGGACAUACACGCAAAGCUACCAGGCACCCGAUGGUUCGACAGUCUUUCACACCACCACCACACCCAGUGGUACGCCGUACUGCACCACGACAUAUCAGCAAGGGCCUGAUGGUAGCGUUUAUGCCAUUCCACAAGGCAUGGUCUAUGCCUAUCAACCGCCAGUUGUAAGCCACGCCCCACAGAAACAGUUGAAAUGUCAAUUCAAUUCGUUGUCUGUUUUACAGGAGGGCGAAGUGCAGAGCUAUUUUAUGCCUGUAUUUGAUCCGAAUCAACCGCGCACCGAUGCCACCGGUCUCAUACCAGCUGGAGCACAGGCCAUAUAUCCAGCUGCAGCGGCAGCAGGCAGUACAGCUACAAUGGUACCCGUCGCAGCCGCUUAUCCGACUGCACAAUUCGCCACGGCCAAUGGUGCGCCCAUCUAUCCGGGUCAAUUGAUUUAUUCGAGUGAUCAAUUUGUAACGGGCGCAGCUACAGUCGCUGCAGCAGCACCGGCGAAUGGUCAAUUGCAACAGAUACCGAUGACCACCUAUCCAAUCGGACAUCCAUAUGCCUAUAAUAGCUACUGGGGUCAACCGAUGACAUACUACGUGCCACAGCAAGCGCUCACGAACGCUGUCGCAGCAACGCCACUCCUACCAGCACCGCCACAGCCACAACCACCUACAACUGCAACCGCCCAACCCGUGGCCGGACCACACAUUACUAGCGGUAUCAACAUCGCGAAUGGCCUUGUAGCAGCCACGGCGGCGGCUGGACCGUCGUCGAACACCACCGUUGGAGCUUUAGGCAGUGGCGGUAGCAAUGUUGGUGUUAGUGGCCAUCACGUUGUUAACACCACGGCGGCCACGAACAGCUAUCAAACACAUAGCGGUACAACGUAUUUCGGUACGGGGCGUGUAAAGCGGCCAACAUCUUCGCAUUACACCAAUCAUCAGAGCAGCGGUCAUCAGCUGGUAACGGCAGCCAUCCCAAGCAACGGCAGUGCAACUACCACAUAUCAAUUGGGACACGCAAUGCCCACACUCACGCUGGCGCCGGCACCAGGUAGUGCAGCCGCCGCAGCGGCAGCUGCAGCAGCAGCAGCAGCAGUGAACACAACAACCGAUCUCAACGUUGGUAAUGGAGCGACUCCAACCACAGCCAUGUAUACGCUGCCCCAACAUGCGGCCCUAUUGCAUGCGAAUAUCUUCCCUUAUGCGCCUGCUAGUGCUGCUGCCGCCGCCGCUGCCGCCGCAGGUGUUGCUGCCGGCACACCACCAGUACACGCACCUGGCGUUCCACCAACGGCUGCGCCACAAAUAGCUACGGCUGGCAUGGCUGGCGCGGCAGCUCAUGCACAACAAACAAAUGCUGUGAUCACCCCAUUCUAUGCUCAUCACCCGCCUAUUACAGCUGCCGCACAUCCCACGCACGGCAGCUCCACCGUACACACGCCUGGACCAGCUGCCAUACCGAUUGUCGACCCUAGCACACUGACAGCCAUUUCGCAUCCAACACCAACCGGUGCAAUCAGUUCCAACAACGUGACGCCCGCCUACAGUGGCGGCGGUAGCGCUUCACAGUCAGCGCCCAGCACGCCACACUCUGUACCUACUCAAACUGCACAGCGCAAUCCGCCACUCUUCUCCACACCGCCCAUUAUGAACUCAAAUGGCGGCAGCAACAACGGUGGCUACAGUGGCAGUUCCACACCGCAGUACUACACGGUCAGCGGUGUAGCAGAUGGUGGCACAACGCUUAUGAGUAGUCCACAUGGCAACUCGUAUGUGCAACACGAAAAGCGCAACAACAAUUCAAAUAUGAGUGGCAACAAAAAACCGCCAGCGUAUCCAAGCAAUUCAUUGAGUCGGCAGAACUCAACGUCCUACAAUGGCACCGCCAAUGGCAAACCGCCUCUAUUGGGCGGCAAUAACGAUACGCGUGCCUCACCAAAUAGCGGCUACCAAGGCUCACGUCCGCAUGGCAUGAAUAAACGCGGUGGCGUCGGCGAUAAGCCACAAACGCCAUUGCUCAGCGGUCCACCCAGUUACGGCAGCGGACCAAGCAUGUCAGCCGUAAACAGCAACAACAACAGCGGCUACCACGUACACCACAGCAACUCGCCAUCUGAUGCCAAGCCACCAAUACGCUUGAAUGCAGGCGCAGCCACGUUCCGUCAGAAGGGCAGCGGUGGUGGCGUCACCUAUGAGUACAGGCGCAGCGCUUCACAACGCAACUCGCCAGGCACUGGCAACUCCAGCAGCAACGACAAUAGCAGUAAUACAUCGCCGAAUAGUAUAGUCGGUUCGAGCGGCGGUGGUGGUGCCAACACACCAAAUUGCUACGCCGCCACAGCAGCAAGCGGCUACAUAAACACUGGCAUCGGCAUAGCCAGCAGCGGUAUGGUCGGUGGUGGUGAUCAUCAGACAGUUGCAACCGCAACUGGCACACCAUUGUACAUUACACCAGCGCGUGGCGCACACAUUCCACCACAACUGCAACACGGCGGUAUGGUGGCGGCCGCCGCUACUGCUGGCGGCACGGCAGCUGGUCUCGCGGGCACUCAACAAGCCACCACAGCGGCAGUGUUAGGUGGUGCUGCAGCGGCAGAGGUGGCGAAUGCGGCUGCUGCCGCCGUGGCGGCGACUGUCGCGCAUCAUCAGCCGCUACUGAGCGCUUAUCAACCGGGUGCAUCGGGUGUCUACAUCAAAUACGGUCAAACCUAUUAUGCGCACCCCUCAGUUGCCCUACCGACCAGUCGCCGAUCGCCCUCGACCGAGUUGCGGCCUGCAAUGGCACCCGUAGCUGGCAUGUAUCCAACCAUGAUGAUACCAGCUGCUCCACGGCACACGCACGGACGUCAUCCGAAUCCCAACUACAAAGGCAACCGGCCCCGCUAGACACUGCGUAUCCACAACAACAGCAAGAACAGAAAAUCAGUGCAUGCAUGAGGGCCAACGAUGCAAGCUGCUGAACUGGAGGGAUACAUGAAAACGAUGACGCUAUACCAAAACCUAAAACUAAGUUUAAGCUAAAAAAAAGUACCCUAACCUAGUGAAACAUAUGCGUAGAUAAACAAUAAUUUAAACAUAAAUGAGCAUAUUAGUGAAAAACAAAGACAUAAGCGAAAUAAUAUUCAUACAGUAGCAGCAAAUAAGAAAGAAAUGCAACAAAAAAUCUAACAGACAGAAAACGGCAAUUCGUGAUCACACAUAAAACAACAGGAUGAAGAAAGAUAGCUGCAAUAAAACAUAAGAGCGAAAUUUUGAAAAAUAUUUUCCGGGCCAUUUUACAAAAGCAAAACAAAGCAAAAUCGAAAACAAUCACAUACACACUUUUGGCAUACAUAUACAAAGAGGAAAUUUUCGAAAAGAAAAACACAAAAAGACAAACUUCAAUAGCCAAUUCAAAAGCAUUGCAUCAUACAAACUAAGAAUCUUCCACAAGCAUAACGGUAAAGAAUUCGAAAUGGAGUACAUCGUAUACUGAAAUAAGUCGUGCCAUUGCUGAAAGAUGCAAAAAUAUAAAUUUAAAUACAUGCAUACAUACAUACAAGCAAAAACGAAUACAAGGUAAAAACACGAAACCAUAGCUAAAAACAAAAAGUGAAAAUGAAAAUGACACACAUAAAAAGAGACUGACCGACUUGAGUUGCAAAUUGGCAGUGCGCGCUCUUACGAAGGGUGGGCUGAAUUAAUCAUUAAAAAAAAAUUUUUUUUUUUUGGAUUUUUCUUACAUAUUUAUAUAAAUGAAUUAAAAUUAAUUAUUUAUAUGUUUAUUAUAAAUCUUUUUGUUAAAACCCAAAAUGUAACUUUUCACGCAGCAUGUUCUUAAAAAGUAAACAAAACUUCCUUAAAAAUUGCUUGAAUUUAAAGUUCUUGAAGUGGUACUAAGCGCAGAUUUCCCGAACGCAUCCAAUAGGCGAAGACUACCGAGUGUGCAUGCACUGAAAAAAAAUGAAAACGAUGCCAAUUCAACCGCAGCAGUCAGUCAAACAGUCAGUGUCUUUUUAAUCAAUAUAUAUUCAUUUAUAUAUAUACAUACAUAUAUAUAUAUAUAAAUAUAAUUACACGAUAAAAUAAUAAUAAUUUUAUAGUAUGUAAACAAUUUUACUAUACAUAAUAAUGAUAAUAAUCCUAAAGGUAGACUUACAUAAAAAAGUAAGGAGAAAAAGCUGUGUAAACACCUAGUAAAUAAUGAAAGACGAAAACGUGUACUAAAUUAAACUUAAAACGAAGCAAAAACCUGUAAUGCAUAAAUCUAAAUUCAUAGAGCAUAAACGUACGUAUGUAAAUCGGCUGACUACUACUACUGCACACACACAUUCACAAUUUUCUACAACACACACAAACAAAUCAAAAUCGAAACUUUCAAUUAAAAAUCAUUGAAUUAAACGAGGAGAAUGUUAAAAUCAAGCCUUCACCACAACUACAGCGCAAUACAGGGUGCAUGUAUAGGCUUCACAUGUAGUGCGUAGGCGUUGCCUGUGUAACGGUUUAUAAGUUGUACGAAAGCUUUAAUAAAUGUACAGUAAACGCGUUGAGAACAAUAAAUUCUAUUCAAAACAAAAUUACUAGCGUAUAGAUUGUUUUCUAACUAAAAUAUAUUAUUAUUAAGAAUUUUCCACAUCUGGCAAAUGGGAAACGAAAAAAAGUAAACUUUGAAAGUUUUAUUCAUUAUUAUAAAUGUAUGCGAAUUCUAAAAAAGUUUCAUAGUUUCGAAAACAAAAAGUGAUAGACUAUAUUUAGAAUAACUGCCGCCCACAUGGGUAACGCCUGCUGAAAUUUAAACGCCCGAAAGUGCGCUGUGGUUGAAGUAAUUUUUCUUUGUUAUUAUUAUUAUUAUUUUUUUUUUUUUUAAGUGUAAAUGAAAUUUUCGACUUGAUUACCUUUGUACAAAUUCUUUAUUUGAACCAGCACAAUUGGCAACACAAACUACAAUAGCGCCAAACCGACUGCUGACGAUUAUUUGCAUACCGAUUG